AUGGCAAAAACUAUUUCACUUAUCAGAGGAAACGUUGUAACCCCCAAGAAGGUUAUAUACGGUGGCUUCGUGCUCGUUGUGGAUGGAAUCAUUGAAGGAGUUGGGGGCCGUGCUUAUUUACCAUCAAAAGAGGACCUCCAGCAAAAAUAUGGCGAGAUAAACCUCGAGGUGACUGAGGAGGAUUUCAUUCUUCCUGGAUUUGUGGAUAUUCACAAUCAUGGCCUCGGUGGUGCUGAUGAUGUUAUUGGUCACUGGUCAAAUCCUGAAUUCUCACUCAAAGAACUUGCACGCUGCGGAACACUCUGCACAUUGGCAUCUAUCAUUUUUUCUGAAGAUCACAAGGAUCUUGUUGCUAAAUGCAUUAAGGAGGUGGAAAGUCGUGUAAAUCGUUAUAUCCCAGACUGCGCCACUCUUGGUGGAAUUCAUGCGGAGGGUCCAGUGAUCCAUGAUCGCGGGGGACUUCCAUCUUGUAAUAGCCGAUGGACGCUUGAGCAGUUUAAAAAACUUUGUACCACGAUGCCAUCUAUGCGUGUAAUGACCAUUUCACCACACAUUGACGCCUCCAGCAACUACGAACUUAUCAAGCACUUACUUCACAUUGGUGUGCGACCUUCUCUUGGUCAUGACCGAGUGGCCACAAAGAAAGAUAUCCUGGGUGCGUUAAAACUUGCUACAACAGAAGAAGAAAGAUUUCACGUCACACACAUGCACAACGUCAUGUCGUUUCACCAUCGAAAUGCAUCACUCAUAAAUGUCUCACUCUGCUCUACAUUUCCCGAUGCAGAUAUUUACAAGGGUGCUCUCCCUCCAACUGUUGAAAUUAUUGCUGAUCUCGUUCAUGUGGAUGCUAUCCCUGUACAGGCGACUAUAUCGGCUCGUGGUUGUGAUGAUAUUGCCGCUAUAACAGACUGCAUAUCAGAACAUCGUCCCGGAAAACGCCUUAAAUACAAUGGACGUUUAAGUGUUGUUCGCGCAGAAGGUGGUUGCUACCUCUGUGAUGCUUUGGGAAGGCCGUCAAAAACUCUGGCUGGGAGUACUAGUUGUUUAUCAGAUCUGUUUAUGAAUUUGGUCUCGCUAUUUCGUGUUAAUUUGGUUUCAGCAUGUAAAAUGGUCGCCACAACUCCCGCCAAAAUUGCACGACUAAACGGGGUCGGUUCGAUUGAAAAAGGUAAGCAAGCAAACCUUUUACUACUUAACUCAGACUUGGACACUAUUAAAAAACGUAUGAUUUAUGGGAAAUGGACUUCCCAUGGUGAGUACCGUCUCUUAAGACCGGCUGUCUCUCAUAUGUAA